GGUUAGAGACUAUAAGUGCCAAGUCAGGUCAAAGGCACUCCCUUCGUACUUGUGACUCAGUGUGUUUAUGUUACAACUUAACAAUUUAUUUUAAUGGGUUGGCACUGAGGCUUAAAGAAUCAUAGAAAAUGUCUACAAGAAGUGCAUUAACAAAAGAUCUUCAUGAGAGUAUUCGAAAUGUGCUUGGAAGAAAUGUGAAGGUUUCCUUGAAGUGUAUUGUACGUAUGGAAACCAAGCCAGAAAAGACAGAAAACAGAGUAUUGGCCUUUUCUUCCUGCAGACUUUUCAUUCUCACAGCCAAAGUUCCUACAAAGGUUGAACAAACAUUCCACUACCUGGACUUACAAGCUGUAGAGAGUAAAAAGCAAAACCAGAUUUCUUUGUUUGUAGAAAACAGAGCUUACACUUUCUAUACAUUGAGUUCUGACUCCGAAGAUGUUGACUUGAUGAUCAGUCAGAUUGGUACUGCUGUAAAGACUAUAUUUCCCCAAGUGCCUUUGGAUUUCAUCAUCCGGAGAAUGGAAGUUGUUCCUGAAAACCGACUUCAAGGAAUGACUGAUUACAAUCAGAGCCUGGAAGCGAAAGACCCAGGUCCUUGUGGUGGAUUUUCAACACAAUAUGCUUGUAUGUGUAAUUAUCAUGGGCUUCCAUACCGUGAAGAAGUUGCAUGGGAUGUGGACACAAUCUAUUUGUCUCAUGAUAGUAAAGAGUUAUCACUUUUAGACUUUGACCAUUUAGAUGGAAGAGAUUUAGUGCCAAUCAUUUCAGCUCUAGGAUACAAUGCAUGGUUCACAAAGUUCAGAGCCAGCAAUAUUAAAUUGACAUCAGAAGCUCUGGAACAGAUUUUACAAGUUAUGAAAAAAACUGUAUCUAUUGAGGAACUCUAUCUGGACAACACUGGAAUUAAGUGGGAUUUUGCUCACAAGUUGUCAAUGGCAUUGAUUUCCAAUCCACAUACCCCUCUCCACACCCUUGACUUGUCAAAUAACUUAAUAGAAGACAAAGGCAUCAGUAGUCUGAGUGGAAUCAUAGCCAAGCUCACACAAGGUGUUGGUCAUGUGAGUAAUGCUGUUGGCAAACUACAAAAAGGCCUAGUUCACCUUAGCCUUUCCAAGACUGGAUUGACGUCUAAAGGAAUCAAUAACCUUGCACAUUCUCUCUCUCUAAAUCACUCCAUGCCUUCUACACUAACCUACCUCAAUCUUAACGAUAAUGUUUUCAAGGAAGAUGUGAAUAACUUGUACAACUUUCUGGCACAACCAAAUUCUCUUAUACAUUUAGACCUCUCUGGUACAGAAUGUGCAAUGGACACUGUUUUUGGAGCUCUUUUGAGAGGAUGUACCCAGAAAUUAGCUGAAUUGAAUCUUGCAAGAAACCAGUUUUCAACUAAGAAAACAAAGGAUGUGAAUGUUCCACCUUCCUUUAAGGCAUUUUUUUCCAGCACAGUGGCUCUUCGAUUUUUGAACAUGUCUGGAAACAAACUACCCCUUGAAGCUUUAAAAGCCAUGCUUUUGGGAUUAGCAUGCAAUGAGUUUGCCACUGAUGUAGCUCUGGAUCUUAGCAGCAAUGACUUAAAGUCCCAAGGUUCUCAGGUGCUAGAGUCGUGUCUUCCUGGUAUCCACUGUCUGUGUAGUUUGGAUAUUAGUGAUAAUGGUUUAGAUGUUGAUUUGUCAAGUAUUAUAGGUGCUGUAGGAAAAAAUAAGUCGUUGAAACAUCUAGCUAUUGGUCGAAAUUUCAAUAACAUCAAAUCAAAACAUAUAACUCGAGUCUUAGACUCUGUAGUACAGCUAAUCCAAGAAGAAGACUCUGUACUGGAGUCUUUGUCACUAGCAGACUCCAAAUUACGAGGAGAAACUUGUCUAGUCAUAAAUGCUUUAGGAAGUAACCAGAGUCUAACAUCAAUAGAUAUCAGUGGAAACUUAAUGGGUCCAGCAGGAGCAAAAACACUUGCCAAAGCUCUUCAGAUUAACUCCAAACUCAGAUGCAUACUUUGGGACAGAAAUGGAACCUCACCACAAGGUUUUCAAGACAUUGCUUAUGCAUUAGAGAAGAAUUAUACAUUACGAUAUAUGCCCUGUCCUAUUAAUGAUGCUACGGCAGCUAUGAAGAUAGCACCUGAGAAGACUGAGAAUGCAUUGAAAAGGAUUGAAGAAUUACUACAUCGUAAUGUCUCUCCUAAAAAGUUCAGCAAUGGACAAGCCUUUAGAUUACAACAGGGAUUUUUACUAAGUUCUACCCAGCAAAUGGUUGAUCGACUAAUGGUGCAUGUACAGGAAGCUAUCAACAGCAGUAAAAGAGCCUCGGAUACUAGCAGCAGUCUGGAAGAAGUAACUCAAGCUGAGGGUUAUCUUAACGAUGCAAACAAUGCUAAACAGCUUUUGACACGUCUUCAUGAGGUAGUGCUUGAACAAGAAGAAGUGGGUAAUCCAGUGGAGAUGAAACUUCAAGAUUUUGUAGAUGAACUCUCAGUAACUAUGGAGACAUACUUAAAGAAUUCCUCAGCUUGUAUGAUGAAAUGUGUACGAGAUCAGUGUCCAAAUAUAAUGGCUGAUGAGAAAGUGCAAAGUGAUCUGGAAACACUUUGUCAAGAGAGAGGCUGUCUUCCUUUAGACUUUAUACGUCAGUGCUUGCUCGAACAAACUGCUGCUGACAUUUUGAACAAGCUGAGUGAGAUCAACUUAUCAGUUGCAGCUCAUCUUUCUGACAGAAUUCUGGAUGAAGUUAUUGAAACACUUUCACAUAGUCACAAAUAUUUGGUUGAGAGAGGAAAUCAACGUAGCUCUACACCUGAUGUACUAAGGAACCGGAACCGAGCGGAAGGUGGAAUGAGAACAAGUCAGAGUGGAGAUUCUCAAUUUGAUACAGAUAGUUUUAGUGAGAGUUUGGAUUCUCCUCUGCAACUGGCUUGGUUAAAUCUAGCGACACCAAAGUUAUCAACAAAAAGAAAAAGUGUACACACACGAAAGCUCAGGCCACAGUCAGUUGUUGACAGUGUAGAUGGUAUAGCUGCUGAUGAUAUACCAGAUCUUCUACCGAAGGAUGCUGAUGAAAAACUCCCGAGUUUGUCACCAAGUUCAGACAAACUAGAACACCUGGGAAAAGCUAGACCUAAACGACCUAAAACAAGAGCUCCUACUCGUCCAGCAAUACAACCAUUGGAAACACACGAAGACAUCCACAAUCUUGGUGAAGGACUAGAAGUUUUUUUCCGUCGUCAUCCAAACUCCACAUCCACACCAGCUUUGUCACCUGACUCUGAUGAACCAAGAUCUAGAACAUACAGCAACAGCACAACAGCUAGUGGAAGUGCUAACAUAAGUGAUUCUGCAUCCAAUGGGAGUGGUUCUCGCUCUGUUCAGGGAAAAUCCCAACAAAAGGAGACUGAGAAGAAAGGCUUCAUGAAAGGUAUAAGCAGUCUGUUUAGCCGAAUAUCGACAGAAUCCAGUCAGGUCCACAAGUCUAAAUCUUACGAUAUGUCUCACAAGUCAAAUGUUGUCCUCUCUAAGGUAAUUAAUAUAACAGAGACAAAUGUUUACUCCAGUGGAGCAGAAGGUGAACGAAGUUCUUUUUUUGAGAGAAAGGAAAAGCAAGAAAAUGGAGACAUAAUUCAAGAAAUUGUUACAAAUGCACGGAAUCAACUCCAAGAGGAAGGAACUAGCCGAAUUUCAGCAGCUGAAAAGUUUGGGUUGGGACUGACCCCUAGAGGACCAGGAUCUAGCAUCUUAGCAGAAAUGAAGGCUCGGCAAGAAAAGAGGUCAUCUGGACUUGGUAAAAAUGUAGUAGAUGAUAAAACAAGCACUGAAAGCUUAGAUCACUCUCCCAGUCUUCUUCAUGCUGUGAAGCUUAAACCCACAGGUUUAGCAGAGUCUCUGAAAUCCCCAACAGAAGCAUUUCCUAAAGAAAAGGGAGAGGCUGCUUCACCUGGAAACAGUAGUAGCCCAGGUGCUGUUGAAUCACGACCAAACAGUUCACCAUCUGCUAUCAACACUCCAGGUAGCUCUCCCGUAACUGGUGACAGUAGUCUAAGCCCAGGGUUAAAACAACGUCCUCCACCUCCUAUAGCUCCUAAGCCUCGACCUAAGUCUAUGCUCAGUACAUUGGAUGGAAGGUUUUCAGGUGAGUAUACUGGGGGUGAAGAAGAAGCUCAAGAUAUUGAAGUGCACACACCUGAUGUUGUAGAAGUAUUCCAUUCCACCUCAGACAGCUCUGUGUGCAGUAAAGCCAUAUCAUCUCAAAGUUUGCUGAAACCAUCAUUUUCUGUUUCUAAAGACUCAUCUCGAGCAAGGUCAAUGUACCUGGGUAAUAGUGGAUCAGUUGACCUCAUCAGCAAAGCACCUUCUAGUCUGCUUCCAAAUUUGGGUCCAACAAAGAGGUCUCGCUUUUCAUCUACAGGCAGUACUGAAACAACAGAAAAAAGUAAACUACAGUCAGGGAGCAGUAGUGUGGUGAAGGACAAGUUUCAAACAGAACAUAAUUCUAAAAGUUCAUCAGAAAAUCAUAAUUUUAAUAUAGACAGUGAUAUUGUAGAUGUUUGAUGUUUCUUUUAAACUGCCUGGGGGUUUCACCUGUGUCACAAUUGGCUUUUUUUAUCCACUCCUAGGAAACCUAGGCUUUUUUGUGAGUGACAGUUAAAAACAAGAGCAAGGUUCUGAUAGGCGAGUGUGUGGAGUCCACUAUGAAAACUCUAAAUAUAAGGCAGAGAAUUAUGUAAAUCAAUCAAAAUCCAAGUUGUGUCAUUACAGACAACUAAAUUUUCUGUGUCAAAAACACCAGAUCCUGGGAAGCACUUUAACCAAAAUAGUGUUGUGUUAAUGUCAAAUACACAGAGUUAUUGAGCAUCAUCAUUUUUAAUUACUAUCUGAGAACACUCUGGCUGUCUUCCAUGUUUCAGUGAAAAAAUAUAUUGAAAACAUAGUAGCAUAUCAGUUUUUGGAAUAUAGAAUAUUUCUUUUUGAAAAGUAUUACAUUUUACACAUCACAUGAUUGUGUUGUAUAGUAAGUUUUUUUUUUGGUUUUUUUUUACUACCAGUAUGUUGUAAUGGGAAUAGUUGUGCAUUACAGUCGGGAAUUAUUUGUCAUUCAACCACAAUCUGGAACACUUUCUGAUAUUCUAAAAAAAAAAGAUACAUUCAAAUAUAAAAAUAAAAAUGCAGUCAAUUUUUUAGUUUGUUUUUCACAUGUUGGUAAUUUUGUAUACCAUUUUCAAAAAGCAUUUCCUUCCUCAAAAUAGUGCUACUGUUUUAUUUUCAGUUGUGAUAUUGGAUUUUUAGUGUGAGGUAAUAGUCACUGAAAGUACAUUUUCCAUGCAGUCAUGACUAAUUUUAAACUAUUUCAAUCACUCGUUUCCUUGUUUAGUGGAAAAACUGUUAUUUGUUUAUAAAUUCUGUGUUAAAGUAACCAAUGAGUAAAAACCUCCUGAUUCUUCUGAUGUAACAAAACUACCAAAUGAAAUUGAGAAAAGCCUAUUUUUAGUGCAUAAAUAGUUAUAAAUCAUAUGGAUUGUAACAUUACUUACAUAACACAUUUUAUUACAUACAUUGCUAGAGAUCUUUUCUAAGGUAUGCAAGAGAUGUUUUCAUAUAAUUGUUUUAUAAUUACUCGUUUAGUAGUUUUCUAGUAUAAUUAUGAAUAAUAGUUUUUUGAACAGAAAGACUCAUUUUUCCCAACUUAAAAGCUAACAUUUGAGUUAACCAGUUUCUCACCGCUGAUUUCUAGUUAUGUUGUGAGUUCUUAUCCUCAUUGACCAAAUUUGUUGUAUUUAACUAGUCUUGAUAUCCACAAGAAGAUACUUCAAAAAAUACUGGUGGACCUUUGUUUUUGGACCUUAUUUAGUUUUUGCUUGUAAUAAUCACUUUGUUAUGAAUAUCUGACAGAGAGAGAAAAAUAUUUUCACAAUACUGAUCUUAUUUUUACAAGUCUUAUUUAUUGUAAAUUUUGAAAGUAACAAGUUGUUUACCAAACUUUCAUCAGAAUUUUUUUUUUAAAAACCAUGAGAAAUUUGAAAAGAAAAAAAAAAACAACUUAAUGCUAAAUUUUUUGAAGGAUUAAAAUUUUGGACAUUUUUUGCCUAAUAUAAAGGCUAUAUUAAAUGGCUUUUAGGGCAGUUUUUAUUGAACCUUUAACAAUUUUGAUAGAGUAAUAUUGUUGCAAUUUAAAAUUAUAAAAUGAGAUUAAUAACAGUAUUAGAAAUUACUCGGUAGGGUUUUAAGUUAACAGUAUUAAUAAUAAGUGACUGAAUGUGCAAGAAUUGAAGCUUUAGAAAUUUUGGAAAAUAUAUUUUGUUUAUCCAUCAGUGCAGUUGCAAGGAUAUCAAGAUAUAAAGAGGUUUGGUUGAGAAAAUGUAUAAAUGUUGAAAUAGGUUUAGGAAAUUAAAAUGAACUUUAACAUCUUCCCAAAAUGGCUGCUUGUCUAUACUAUGGUGUCGGAAAUUCUAUCUUUAAUUGUUGUUUUGCAAAGUAUAGUUGUUUGUAGAGGUUGUUCAGAUGUUAUUACUAGCACUGAUACAUAGUUAUAGCUGUGAAACUGUUCAGCUAGUUUAGAGCCCAAAGAAACUGGGGCUGUCAUUUUGGCUGUGUUUUUUUUAUUAUUGUAACAAAUUUAUUAAUGUUGCUUAUUUUGUUAUAUAGUAGUUUGAAAUUUGUUAUAAAACUUUUUAACUGUAUGGGAAGAUGAAGUACGAACAGUUACUAACCAGAUGUUAUGGGAUUUCAGUAUAUAUAUAUAUAUAUAUAUAUUCAGUUUACUUAAGAUCAAAUUAUUAAAAUAUAUGUGUAGUGUGUAACGGUAUAACCAUUUGUUCUUUUUUUUUUUGUAUGUUUCUCUCGAUAAAAAAAUUAAUGUACUUGCUCAGUUUGAUAAUCUUCAACCCUUUAAGUGAUGGUCAAUGAAACUUUUGUCUAUAAUUAAAUUCUGUGUGAGGAAAUCUCUUCCCAAGUUUUCAUUUUUAAACAUAUAUAUAUUUUGAAUUGUAUAUUAUUUUCUUGUUCAUCAAACAUACCUAAAGCUUUUGUUCUUUCCACUUUUUUUCACUAGCAUUUAAAAUUAACAGUUGAAUUGUGUAUGUGCAUGACUGUGUGUGUGUAAAUAAAAUGUGAAACUUUUUUUUUUAGUUCAUUAAUUUUUUUUUUUUCU